ACUGCGGUGGGCGCUGCCGUCCUCGCCGGAGCCCGGCUCUGUCAUGCCCCCGCCGCGCGGCGGGCCGCUGGGUCCCGGAGCCGCUAUAUAAGCGCAGGCUAGUGGACAGUCGGAGGGGCUGAAGAUGAAGGUGCCCGCGCAUGGGCCCCCGCUGAUUGCCAACCCCUCCCGAGCCCGCGCCCAGCGCGGAGCCCGCGGCCGCCCAGGACCCGCCUUCGCCGCAGUAGCAGCUGGAGCAGCGACAGAGGAGGCAGCUGCGGCGGUGGCGGCGGCGCCCGAAGCCGGAGCGCGGAGAUCGGCGGCCGCAGCUCGGGGGCCGCCGCUGCCCCGGCUGCCAUGAGUUGUGCGGAGGUGAUGUAUCACCCCCAGCAGUAUGGAGCGCCCCAGUAUCUGCCCAACCCCGUGGCAGCUGCAACCUGCCCCACAGCCUACUACCACCCGGCGCCCCAACCUGGCCAGCAGAAGAAGUUAGCGGUAUACAGCAAGAUGCAGGACUCUCUGGAAGUCACCCUUCCCAGCAAACAAGAGGAGGAGGAGGAUGAGGAGGAGGAGGAGGAGGAGGAGGAGAAAGACCAGCCUGCCGAGAUGGAGUACCUUAACUCUCGCUGUGUCCUUUUCACUUAUUUCCAGGGAGACAUUGGGUCAGUAGUGGAUGAACACUUCUCAAGAGCUUUGGGCCAAGCCAGCACCCUCCAUCCAGAAUCUGCCAUUUCAAAAAGCAAGAUGGGGCUAACCCCCCUAUGGCGAGACAGCUCAGCUCUCGCAAGCCAGCGGAAUAGUUUCCCGACUUCCUUUUGGACGAGCUCUUACCAGCCCCCACCUGCACCCUGCUUGGGGGGUGUUCAUCCUGACUUCCAGGUCACUGCACCCCCUGGCACCUUUACCGCAGCCGACCCCAGCCCCUGGCCAGGACACGGCCUGCAUCAGACUGGCCCAGCCCCUCCCCCGCCCGCAUCCGAGUCCUGGCAUUACCCUUUGGCAUCUCAGGUGAGCCCAUCCUACAGCCACAUGCAUGACGUGUACAUGCGGCACCACCCCCAUGCCCACAUGCACCACCGCCACCAUCACCACCACCACCACCCUUCUGCUGGCUCUGCCCUGGAUCCCUCCUAUGGGCCCCUGCUGAUGCCGUCAGUGCGCACGGCCAGGAUUCCUGCUCCCCAGUGUGACAUCACAAAGACAGAUCCGACUACAGUCACCACUGCUACCUCAGCGUGGGCCGGAGCCUUUCAUGGAACCGUGGACUUAGUGCCAAGUGUGGGGUUUGAAACAGGUCUACAGCAUCAAGACAAGAGCAAGGAAUCACCCUGGUUCUGAAACACAGUAUUAGAAAGUCACAUUGAAGUGUGAAUCCAUGGGCCCACUGGGAAAGAGGCUGCCAGGAUUUCCCAUUCUGCAGUGGGACACACUAGACAUGGAAGAAGAAGAGGAAGUGUCAGCCAUCUAACCUUGGUUUGGAGCCUUUUUUUGAGAAAGCGGAGUGGGUCCUAGACAUUGAAGAAAAGCAUUUUUGUUUGUUUCCCUCAUCUGAGCCUUUGCCAACUGUGCAAAUCUUUUUUUUUUUGUCUUGCUUUUAUCAAUACAUGAUUUAAUUUUUGUUUCAUUUUGAUUUUUUUUUUUCCUUUUUGAACCAACCACCUUGUCAGGAAAAGAACCACAAAUGAAAAUGCUCAUCCUUUCAGGAAUACAAUUUUGUAGCUCUAUGUGUAUCUAUUUUUGUAGAAAUACAGAAAGUUUGAUUUAGCAUUGAUGGGCUAUUUUUGAGGGAUGUAUUUUUUUUAAUAUUGUAAAAAUUGGUAAGUUCUGUUUAAAGAACUUGCUCUCAGAGAAGCACUGGCAAAAAUGUUUAAAAUUUGUCUUUAAGAUGUCUGUGAUAUGCUCUGUGCUUUCUAGGUUACCUCAAGUGUUCGAUAGUUCCUUCUUUUUUUUUUCUUUUUAACAAAGUAGCACCAUAGCCAAGCCAAGAUAGUAUUGUUUUACAUUAAAUCUCAGUGAAGAUUUAAUUCCAUGCUAGCUCACUUAGCUUUGAGUUAUAUAUAUAGAUUGAAAAGGAAGUUUUUUAAUGACCAUACUAAAAAAAGGAUAUUUCAUUACUUCCGUUUGACCCAAAGAGUACUUGGAGUUUGACUAAGAAGAAAGUUUACAUCAACUUUCAGUCAGAUGGAGAGUUUGCCUAGCAUAUAUAAUUGUCUUUCUGCCCAUCCAACUUUGAUAAAUGGAACCAGUUUCUAUCAACCACUGGAAAAAAGAAUACAUUAACCCAUGCUACCUUUGAUUGCCAGUGACUUAGUUUUCUUGUUUCUAAUUAUUCAAUCAUGGCAAUUUUUAAGGUCAUAUUUUAAGUGAAUGUUUUUGUUUGUUUGUUUUUGGUUUUGUUUUCCUGGAGAUAGUGUGAAGGGAAAAUAUUUGGGAGAGUACUAGACACAGCACGAGUCUUUAGUUCAGUGGCUAUUUCUGAUAAUGCUACUCAUCAUUUAAAUUGAAAAAUAAUAUAUCGUAUAUGUGAUAUUUUAAACAUAGUGUUUUUCAAGUCUUUUUUUGGUUGUUUAGAUCUGGUCUUAGUUGAUUGAACUCUUUUUAAGAAAACAAUUUAGGGUAAAGUGAAAUUUAAGUUAGAAUAUGCCACAGUUCCUUAAAUUGGAGUUAUAAACUAGCCAUUUAUUAUUUGAAAUUUAUUCAUGAAAACUCAGGAUUCAACUUGGCAUGGCCCUCAGGACUUUAAUAAGGUGAAGUUGGAAUUAUCAUUAAGAUCCUAUUGGGAAGAGAUUACAGUUACAAAAGUAGCAGUUAGCAAUAUUUUAAGGAUUUUUUAUUCAAAGCCCUUUCUCUUAAAGCUGCUUCCAGAGGUGGGUCACAUUAAAGAGUUAGGGUUAUAGAGAAGUUUUAGUUAGGUUACCAGUUUCUCAAAUGUCCCCCAUCCUUGUCUUCAACAUGAAACAGUGUUUAGUGAAAUACCACGUUCCAUUUUAAAUUAUGUAUCUCUUGUGUGUAAACAUUAUAGCUAUAAGAACAACACAACCUUUGCUCAGCUAGGCAGAGUUCUUACAGAUAAUUUAAAGUAGUUCCCUUAUCUCUGUUUUAUGCUUCAGUUGUCUUUCCUGUUGCCUUGUGUGAGUUAUAAAUUUAUACACUGUCUUAUAUUUUUAUCACUCCAUAAGUUGCUUCUUAACUAGACUCUCCUUAACACAAUAUGCAUAUUUUUACCUAAUAUGAGGUUGAAACUUAAGGAAUUUUCCACUUACUAAUGACAUGAACUUAGAGUUCUAGGAAGUGGCUUGGUUAAAUUAUCUAUAUUUUGAUCUAUAAUUUGAUUUGUUAUGGUUGUAUGUACUUUGCCCAGUCUUUGGAGCAUGAAGUUGAUUGAAUCUAUAAAAUUGGUUUCCUCUUGUGUCCUCCUGAGUUUUCAAAGACAAGUAUUCAGCAGUUCCCAUGGGAUGAGUCAUUGGGGAUUAUUUAUUUUCUUCCUCUUCCCUUGGAACCUAUUAACUUCUUUUGUAGUUUCUCUUAGAACAGUGUUCUACUCCAACUCACUCAGAUCAUUCAAUUGGAUUUUCCCAAUUAAGGGAGAAGAGAAGUAUUAACUCUCCUUUCCUUAUUCUCUUUGAUUGAAUUCAAAGAGAGAACAGACAAUUGGAGAGCUUCACCCUGAAUUUGGACGGUGUUAUGUUCCACUGUAGGAUGGCACAUUCUACACAGUAGAAUGUAGGAUGAAACAUUCCUUGGCUCUGGGCCCAAGAAAAGUUGGGGACCUGAAUUCUGCUGUACUUAGGAAAGAUUUGCAAGUGAGGUCUCUUGUUGAGAAAAGACAUUGUUGACAUGUUGCAAGAAGUUAGAUCCUUGCCAGAUAAGGAAUAGAUCAAAAUCUAGAUAAAAAGAGAGUUCAUGUCUCUAUAAUUGCCUGGCACCCCCUUGUUAUGAUCAUAUUACCUUUACCACCAGAAGUUAUAAAAGAGGAUGAGUUAUAAUUUAGUAUGAUAUUCUGAAGUUAAAUUUAAAAUGCCAUCACUCUUUGGGUCUGCUUUCCUCACAUCAGAAUAAUGCUGUUGAACUUCCAGGUUUCUAAACUGCUUUACAGGGGCUACCAGAUUCCUCCCCAAUUCAUUUGGAACUACUCCACCUUUGACUAUUUUAAAAAUUAGACUUUAUUCAAGGUUUUUGAAGAUCUGUGAGGUAAACCACAUAAAAUAAUCUCCUUUAUUAGACAUCUAAUCUAAACUUCAGCCACUAAACUCUCAUGAGUUAAGGAACAACAUAAUAGUGAUAAAGUGGAUUUCAAAACAGGCUAUUUUGUCCCUCACUGUUUAUUUGAAAAGAGCCUAUAAAUAUUUUUAAAACAAAUGUUUCUUCUUGAGAAGAACUUUCAUCUAUAAUUUUUCUCCUUUCUCUUUCUUCUUAAAUUGUUUACAUUAUCAUUUUAAGCAAAAAUGGCCAGGGUUGCUCCAAAUUUUGCAAAUGAGAACCAGUGAUUUGCAAAUAAUUGAGGAAUUAGUUCUUUGAACUUUAUAAUAAACCUUAAAAAAAUUUUAGGCAUAAAACACGCCCUUGAGGAGCUCAUUAUUCCCUUUGCAAACCAUAUUUCCUAUUCCUGUUCUAAGACCUGCAGAAUAGGACUAUCUAGGUUUUGCAUUAGCUCUCUGGUUUAGUGUUACAUGUGCUAUUUAAACUUGCAACCAGAAACUAUAUUUUAAGAAACUAAAUUCUAUUUCUUACUGAGUGUCCCUCCCUUUGUUUCAUAAUAUUUGCUGAAGUAAAUCAGUGAGGCAGUGCCAUUAAGUGGUGGUAAAGGAAAGUAUACAUGCCGGAGUUUUGACUGGGGAUAAAGAGAGAAGCAGAAUGAAUUAGUGGAAAAGAGCAUUGGUUUGUGCAUUAGGUCAUUGUCUGAAUCCUGUCUUGGCCACAAUUAGAUAUGUGUGAUUUGGGGUUUAUUUAUCUUAUGAGGAAAGUGAGAUAAUAGUACCUAACUGGUGGGCUGUGAAGUGUGGAAAUCAUAUAUAUAUAUACACACACACACAUAUAUAUAUGAUGUUAUCAAUCAUAUCCUGUUUCAUUAGCUGUUUAACAAAUGACAGGUAUCACAAAUGUCUGUCAAUUUUGUAAGUAGGUCAUAAAUUGAGCUCCCAAAUGUCCCUUCUCUAUACUUUACGUAUCCAUUUCUACAGCAAUCCAAUAGAUAUGACUGCUUUUUCAUGACAAAUUGUUGCAAGAGAAUCUUUGCCCACUACUAUUUGUUGAAGAUAAAAUGUAAAUUUCUUAAUUAUUUCUGUUACUUUAGUGUGUCAUUUAUGAAAGAAAAUAAAUUCACCUUUUAGUGGUAUGUAGCUCCAACUGUGAGUUUUCUUACAUAUUCCCAAGUUUUAUUCACCUAGGAUCCCAAAUUAAGGCGACAUCUUUAUUAAAUCACCAAAGUUUAUAUUUUUCAAUUACAUUUUGGGCUUCCAUAGCACCUGGAAUAAAAACAUCUCCUUUGAAGUUAUUCAUUUUUUUUAUUUGCCUUGGAGGAAAAAUUGCAGAAUAUGGUGGAAAAAAUUGUUUGCAUGAAAAGGGGAGGGAGAAAAAAAACCCUUUACGAUCUCAGCAGAUUUACUCUGCUUGAGAAAAAAAGAAACAAGUUUAUUGGGAGCAGAUGUUGACAGUGUGUCAGUUAUUGAAGAUGGAAAGAGUUCGCUUGAACCACUGCAGUUACAAAGGGGUAUUGAUGGCAGUUAGAAUCCCUGUGAUUGAUCACACCUUCACAACAGACAUAAGGACAGCAGAGAGGCAGAAACUGUAUGAGACCAAGACUGAAAUCAGCUUGCUGAUUUUAACGUACACGAUCCUAAGGACCCAGUUUCAUUUUGUUUUGUCUUUUUGCUUUCCUCCAGGAUAAAAAAGACAUGUCUUUCAGAAAAUGUAAGCCUUCUUUGAGAAAUUAACUUUCAUUCUCUAUAAACAUGGCCUAAGAGCCCUUUAAAUCAAAUACUAAAAGUAUUAUUAAAGUCAUUUUAGAAAAAUCAGGUUAUAGUUUUAGUUCAGUAAUGUAUGUUGAAAAUAAAUAUGUAAACGACACAAAAGUGGAUGACUCAAGGUGGGGGUGGGUGGGCCCUACAAGGAAACCUCAGUCUCAAUAGCUUCAAAAUGUUAUUUGAGUAACUUGGUCAUGGACAUUGGUCACCGAACAGACUUUCAGGAUUUUUCAGUAGAUUUUUUCUCUUUUAGUGCUCUCUGGGAAUUUCACCCUAUAUGCUUUUACAAAGUAUAGAAAUAGCCAUUAUUAUAAAAAUAUCUUGAUUUUUUUAUUUCCUUCAUUGUCCAUUAUGCUUUUUUGUUUGUUUGAAAAAUAUUUUUAUAGUUUCAAAUAAUUAAUCAAACUAGUGUUCAGUCAAAAUUGCAAAUUAACUUGAUCCAGUAAACAUAUAUGAAUGUCUUUUUAAAGGUCCAAGGCAUACUAUUGAAUUAAGUGUAAUUAUGUAAGUAAUCAGUGAUACCUUCUAGAAAAGGGCAGGUCACCAUCAAGUAGCUGCUUUUUUAACAAUUUCUGGACUACUAAAUUUUGACCUAAGAGUAACUCUUAGAAAAAAGAUUCUUUAGGUUUUUGGUUUUUUUUUUGGUAUAUGCAUAAGAUGUGAACAUUUCUAAUAUCUCUUUAUACUAAUAGAGAUGUACAUUUCUUUCUGUGCUGUGGCUAGAGCAAAAAUGAAUAAUGAUUAUUUACACACACAUGAUUUAAUUUCUAAGGAUAUUUACCAUCGUGGAUAUUAUAUAUGAUUUAAAAAUACUAUUCCAUACAUUUUUCUGGAUGUACAAUAUAGGGAAGAGUUUUCAUAUGAAUUCUUUGUAUCAUUUUAGAGUUCAUAUUUUGAAAGAGAAAACAUGGAUUAGUUUGUUUUUAUCACAUACAUAUCUAGGUAAGGUGAAAUACUUUUAUUAAAAAAAUAGUAUGGAAGACUAUAUUUGUCACUUGAUUAGGUAAACUGAAAAUAAUAAUAGAAAUAUUAUCUUACAGCAUUGAAAUACAAUGAAAUUCCAGACUUGUUAGUUUUAUGAACAAUUUUAUGCUAUCUUAAUUUUACAUUUCCAGAAAGACAAAUUAACUAAUCUUACCUAUGUUGUCAGUCUUAAUUUACAAAAUUCCUAAAACUUUUGGGUUUGCAAGCCCCUUAUGAAGUCAUAAUUUUUGUUUUGUUUUGUUUUUCUCGGGAUUGUAGAAAGAGACAUUUUCAUAUUUCUAUUCACUCUUCAAAUGCAAGUCACAUAACUAUGUGUCAGUGAUAUGAGAUGAUGGAGGACUUUGUAGUAAAAACAAUGUCACCUUCAAUUUGUUCAAUAAAUAAUUUAAUGUGAAUUUCA